CUGCCUUCCAUCCCAACAAUCUCCCAUUGUGUCAAAAACCAACACACAAUGUCAGACUCUUCAGGUGACGACAAGCCCGCCGCCAUUCCCAGCUGGCAAGCCUCCGUUAGCUCCUCGGACGCGCCCGCACCCGCAGCCGACAAACAGACCGAAGACACACUCGCCGUCGCGCGACGAUUCUUGCAGGAAGAGCAAGUCCAGUCAGCACCCCGCGAGAAGCAAGUAUCCUUUUUAAAAACAAAAGGCGUCUCCGACGAGGACAUUGAGAAGCUCCUCGGCGAAGCCAAGAAGUCAGAAGCAGACGAGCAAAAGACCGAAUCAAGGCAAGAAGUCACCGCUACUACACAAUCAAAAGACCGCGCCCCCAUCGUCACAUACCCCGAAUUCCUCACGAAGCCCCAGCGGCCGCCGCCCCUCGUCACCUCCGAGCGCCUCUUCAACACGCUGUAUGCCUGUGUCGGCCUCUCGACGCUCGUCUACGGCGCAAGCAAGUACCUUGUUAAACCGAUGGUCGACAGCCUGAACCAAUCGCGCGGCGAGAUCCACGAGACGACGGCGUCGCAGCUUGACGCGCUGAUUACGCAGCUGGAGAAGACGGUGUCGGUGGUCCCUCCUGCGGCCGCAACUGCUGCUGAGGAGGAGAGCGACAGUGAGGACCCUGCGGAGAUGUUCCAUCGCGAUGUUGGCACGCAGACGGUAUUUCCCACCACGACGCCUAAGAGUAGCGCGGCAGAGGUCCCGGCGCAUGCGCAACAUGCUACGAAUUUGGCGAAGCUGGCAAAGUCGCUGUCUGCGUUGAGGGAUGAUGUGCGGUCGCAGAGUACGGGGUUCGAGGGCAUGAAGACGCAGUUGGAUGGAUUUAGGGAUGAUUUGGAUGCCAUGACGUUUGGCGCGGCGGAGACGACGACGUUUGAGAUGUUUGGCGCGCCGAGGAAGGUGGAGCCGAAUGAUGAGAUUCGUGCGGUGAGAGAUAAUAUUCGCAGGAUUAAGGGCGUCUUGUUGAGUACUAGAACGUUCCCUACGUCGAGAUAGGGGCGUGGUAGUGAGGGGGGAAAGAAGUGUAUAUUACGUGUGAUAGAUACCAUUGGAGAAUGAAACACUCUUGAUAUUAA